GGUAAUUUGGCAGCUGUCUAAGUGAUGUGAUGAUGGCGAUGGCGUGAACGUGAAAAAGUUUUUCGUUUACAAUUUAUAUUUAUUUCAUACUCUGAAAUAUAUACGCCAAAUGAAAACAUGUGAAAUGUUGAUACAAAUCGAUUUCCUACAACUUUCAAGUGCUAGUGUACAAUGCUGAGACGGAACCUUCAUUCUGAGACUAGAAGAGAAAGUGUCUCAAAUAGUAAAUAACGGGUCGAUAUAAAUAUGUCUGUCUCUGAUUUAUCUGUUGGGUGUCGUUUUGCAGAUUAUUUUGCGAUAUGUGGCCUCGACUUUGACUCCGGAUUGGAGCCUGAUAGGCUGUGCGGUGAUAAUUUACAUGUAUCUCCCCUGGAUCGUUCUUACAAAGGAAAGAUUCUAGCACACUACCCUGACAAUAUAUCAAAUAAUCCCUUUGAUGAACAUGCAGUGUGUAUGCUUUGUUUACCAGCUGGCCUUCAGUUUCGAACACAAAAACAUUCACUAGAACCAAAGUUUCAUAGCUUUGUAGUAACAAGAGAAAAUGCAUCCCGAUAUUAUGGAUUCAGCCUCAUAUUUUAUGAAGAAGUUAGGAACAGAAAUAUUUGCAGUGCCAUGCACACAUUACAGGCAAUGUAUAUUACAGAGUUAUCCAGUGGCCAGACCCCUCCUGGCCACAGAAAAGCAUCUGGUAAAGAAAGUUCCAGGUCACUUCCAAGAUCAUUUAAACUGACACCUCACAGUGGUGCUGCACUCACAUAUUAUGAUAUAGCCAAAGACAAACUGUAUGUUGCCAAAAGUAUAGCACUUAUAUGUCAGUACCCAUACGUGAGGGUAGCACAGUUGUUUUUAGAAAAUUUAUUCAGAUCUCUCCCAAGGCAGCCCGGCCCUGGACUAAGUCCGGAGUCUUAUGUGUAUAAUUUACUUUAUGAAGUACCAGUACCACUUCCCGGUCAAGCUUUACGUCUUUAUGUGCCUCCUUCUGAACCUCAUUUAGAUCCAAUUCCUGUUGUGAUAAGAAUGCCAAAUCUCCCUGAUGAGUUACCUCUUUUGGACUAUCCACUCCGAGCAAUGUUCUCUACAUUGGGCGUGGAAUGUGUUGUGCAGCUUUUCACAUGUGUUCUUUUGGAACAUCAAGUUUUACUCAGGUCUAGUGACUACAAUAAACUAAUGUUAGUGGCAGAAUGCAUAGUGUCGCUGUUGCUACCGUUUACGUGGGCGCAUGUCUAUGUGCCAAUACUCCCGGCCCCGCUCUACCACUUCCUCGACGCGCCAGUGCCAUUCGUCAUGGGUCUUCAUGCUGAUAGUGGAGCUAUGAAUAUGGGACCAAAUGGUCCUCGGAGCAUCGCGCUCGGUUCUGAAGCAGCUCUUUGUUUAGUCGACAUUGAUAAGCCUGACAUACAACUGCCGGAAGAAUUGCCCAUUUUCCCGCAUAGGACUCCCUUCAUUGAAGAAAUCAAUCAUGUUUUAGAUAAACAUCAGAUUCAAAGACCUGAGACCGAGCCAACCAAGCUUGGUGUGCCAUUGAAUGGAACAUCUUAUAAGCAUAUGAGCGAUAGUAUGAGCAGUAGUUGUACUUUACCCUCAGGUGGUCUUCGUCGAAAGCACUCUUUUCACGACGUGUUAGAAUGGGAAGAAAGCCGGCCUUUGAACGCGUCACCCCCGGCGUCGCCUACUCGACGCGCCCCCCUACGAAUGGACGCACUGCAGCGAAUAGUCGACAUUGUUAAACGGAGCGGUGUUAACAUAGAUGACGUAGAUGCAGACACGGUAAUGCCCACUACUAAAAAAAAGAUUCUCAAUGAUGAAGAACAGUAUAACGAAGACAUAAGGUUCAAUAUCGCUAUCAGAGAAACAUUCCUCAAUAGAUUUGUGCACAUAUUUCUUAUGUAUGAGAACUUUGUCAUUAUGCCUGAUCAGGAUCGUGAAUCAUGGCUAACAUCCCGCGAGUCAAUGGUGAACUUUGACAAAGCAUCAUUCCUAUCGGAUCAACCGCAACGCCACAGGCCUUUCCUCUCUCGAUUCCUUGAGACUCAAAUGUUCGCCACACUUAUCGAUAACAAGAUCAUGGGCAACUGGGGCGAAUACGAUGCCAAUCUGCAAGUCUUCGAACAUAGGAUCAAGACUGUCAGGCGGCGCACGGGCGAGAUGGGCGCGCGCGGCUACUGCGUGUGGGCGGGCGCGGGCGCGGGCGCGGCGCCGGCCGCCUCGCUGGAGGUGGGCGCGCCGGCCGAGCGCCUGCCGCACCGCGCCGCCUACUACCGCGCCUUCCCCGCGCGCCUCGACGCCGCCGCGCUCGCGCGCCCGCCCGCGCCCGACGCCAGGACUAACAGUCUUAAACGUAUAAAGAACGCGAAAUGGCAAGUGAAGGAUGUUCCACCGGAGUUGUUAUUGGGCGACAUUAGUAGGAGACUGUCUACAGAGGUUACGCCCGCGGCUAUUGCUCAGAACAAUAGAGCGUUUGUUGAGAAACUUCUCAAGGAAUGCAAAAGCAAAACGAAAAGGAUGCUUCUAGAGAAGAUGGGCACAGAAGAAUCGGAUCUAGGGUUAGGAUGCGAGGUUUCCAUAACAGGUGUAGAAGAGAGCACCAUGAUAGCUUCACUCUGCGAUCUUCUAGAAAGGCUAUGGUCUCACGGUUUGCAACAUAAGAUGGGGAAGUCGGCGCUUUGGAUGCAUCUAACAAACUACCAAGAGUUGGAGCAAUGCAGCAAUUCUACUAAACCCAUUGAUCCCAACUAUCUUACUCCCGAUUUAUCAUCGGUGGGUGCCGAGGUAGAGGCUCACCAGAGCACAAGUUCAGGAAGUCGUUCCCGGGAUAGUUCCCGUGGCGGGUCACGGGAUAGCUCGCGGGAUCGUCUCAGCAACUCCGGGACCUUGGAGAGGAAAUCUACUCAACCCGCCAACCCUUUACGCCCUCUUCCAGAAAGCCUUACAUUUGACAUGAGAAACGUGCAAGCAAUGACAGAUAUUAAAACAGAAAUAGGCUACGCUCGCGCUUGGGUCCGUUUAUCAUUAGAGAAAAAGUUACUAUCGAAACAUCUUCGAGAACUUCUGGCUGAUACUACAUUGUUAAGGUCUCAAUAUAAACGGACUGCUUUCCUUCGCUGCGAAGAGGAAAGGGAACAAUUUCUUUAUCACCUGCUCACUUUGAAUGCGGUCGAUUAUUUCUGCUUUACCAACACUUAUCCUACUACCAAAUUGCCAUAUCGAGUCCUCAUAGUGCCAUCACGCAAAGCCAGUCAGACCACCGCCAACUGUUGGAUCUCAAUAUCUGGAGCGAAUGGUGAAUCUACACCGAAAAUACCUAUACCGCGUAACACUAACGAAUUCGUUUUUCACCAUAAGAACUUGGGCAUUCUGUCCACGCUACGCAUCGGACACGACAACUCUGGACUAUCGCCUCGAUGGCUACUCGAUCAAGUUUAUGUGAGGAAUGAAGUGACUGGACAUACCUACACGUUCCCGUGCAACCGCUGGCUGGGGUCGGGCGUGGACGACGGGUCGACGGAGCGGCUGCUGGUGGCGGCGCGCAUGCGCAGCGGCGCCACGCCGCGCUCGCCCGCGCCGCCGCCGCCCGCGCCGCCCACGCCCACCACCACCCAUCUCUCCACCUCCACCAUACAGCACAUGAUCGGUGACUGCGUAAACGCGAUAGUCAAGUGGCACUAUCAAUCAAAGAGAGACAAAGAUGCGAAUUCACUCAGCGUGCUGCUUUGUGGUGAAAAUGGAUUAGUCAAGUGCUUGGAGCAAGCUUUCCUGUGUGGAUUCAAAUCUGUGCGGCUGUUUGGAAAAAAUCUUUUCAUUUGGGAUUAUUUCGCUAAAGUUAAAGAUGAGUUCAAAAUGAGCUUAUGCGACGAGCCGACGACACAGAAUAACAAGAGCUGUGGCAUGGCUUACAACUGCCGACAAGAUCAGGAACACAGAGCUAUAUGGCGUUGUUACUGCCAUCUUAUGGACGAGAUCAAUUCCGUGGGCCGGACAUUGGGGAAAGAUGGCAAAUUCCAACUCUUUAUAUGCCUCAGUUUGCGUGAACACUGGCUUCAUCGUAUGCUUGUGCCGAUGUCAAUGACUCGCGUCACCGUCGAGAUGUACGAGGAGCAGAGUUUCCUACGUAAGCGCGGCCUCCUUACAUUCCUCAGGCAAAUUCUCGAACCACUUGAUGAGUUCGAUAUCGUUCUGGAAAAUUCCCUCACGCAAGGCAUUUAAAUUGAUUCGUGUUAAGCAUAUUGUUCAGUGGUAAAACCUGUUCUUAGUCUACCUACUAUUUACCACUCCAAAAUAUAUUUUUAUAUGUAAAAGCAAAUACUCAGUUCAUGUUUAUUUGAUAUUAGCAAUCAGGGUCUGAUUAUUUUGUAGUUUUAUUGUUAAGUUUUAAAUGUGAUUAUUAUUUCUGUUAACUUGCCAGAUGAUCCAAAGAUUUUAUUUUUAUAAUAACGGUGCUUAUGAAUAAGUUCAAUUAUGUAGCUUUUUUUUAACAUAGAGAAUAAUUUUACUAGAUACUCCCGUUAGCUUUAUAGAUAUAGUUAUAAUUAAAUUCCGUCAUUUUAUUUGUUACAUGUUUAAAAAAAUAAUUUCAAUGAUUAUUUUUAUAUGAUGGAGAAGAAUUAUGAAAUUACUCAAUUACUGAUGUUUAAAAAUAUUCUCUUUGUCAAAUAUUUCAAGGAAACACAGCACAGAGUAAACUAUCCACCGCAUAAUUUAAAACUUUAUAUGUGAUCUAUUUAGGUGUAAGAUGAAUGUUUUUGUAAUGCGUGGAUUACUUCUAAGUCGGAUCUACUAAGCUAAUGCAUGGUAAAACAAUAAUAAAUAGUAAGUUACUACGUUAUAUCAAUUAUAGUAGACAGCUAGUAGACUGCCACAAAGAUCUCGAAAUUUCUAAAAAUUCGCUCUCCAUGUCCAUUGCGAAUUAGUUUUAAAAAUAUCAUCACGGCAGUUUUAGUGUUCACUGCAAGCAUAUAUCUAUUAAUGAUGCGGCUUGUUUCGAAGUAUGUGUAAUUUAAAUAAGGGAUGUUUAGUGGGGCUAAACAGUACACUUUAACACGUUACCUUUUAGAUGUCGUUACUGAUAGAGACAUGGUAUAUACGACAGUAUUAAAAUGUUGGAACCAAUAGCCGAGUAGUGCCCGUAACAAAGCAUUCAAUCAGAUUUACCGAAAAGUUCUGCCCCUCUACAACUCCUGAGUUAUCUUUAUUAGACGAUGUCAUCGCCUCAGGCUUGUGUUUCAUACCUACUGCGUCCUUGCACAUACACAUCAAUGUAUUUGUAUGUAAGUUCACGUUCACAUAAUAUGUGGAGAUAUAUAAUUAGUGUAAAACAUUCGUCCGUAAGAAAAAUCUCGUUUCUUCUAGUAAUUUCUUGAAGCUAGUAAAAUGGUUAACUUAUGUAAACAAAAAAUACUCAAUACGUUAACUUUUGCUCUCUUUUGAAUGGUUGUUUGUAGUCCCUGCCGUCCUGCAUGUUCAUAGUUCAUUAUCAUAAUAUUUAUUAUGCUUAAUAACUUUACAAACGCUCUGUAACAUAACACUAUGUCAAACAAUUUAAAUAAGUUUUAAAUUUAAAUAUAACGAUUAACGAAACUUAAAGUUUUGUACACAAGAAACGCAUGCACGGAAUUUUGUGCCAAAAUAAUCAAUUUAACAUUCAAACUGUAUACAAAAAUGAGGAUUACCUUUUCAAUUCCAAGCUUUAUAUCCAGAGGUCGGAAAUGGGUUGAGUUAUUUAUGUACUUGUAUAGAAAUAUCUUCCCGGAAUAUGAAUUGUAUCAUCCAUGUGCAUUCUAUCUACUAUUCUAUUCGACAGUCUAUCUGUUGAUUUGGGUUUAUUAGAGAUAAAAUGUACAAAAAAUUUGCCACUUACAAGUAAAGUGAAAUUCCUAUCUCUAGUCUGCAAAACUACAGAUAAAUAGAGUAUUGGGAGUGACUGUAAAUAAAUAAAUGCUUCAACAGUGACGACAUUGCACAUGUGCGUAUUGGAAAGCAACUUCGAACAACCAAUAUCAUUAAGUUUGAAAUUGGGUCUGAAGCAUACAGCAUUUCGCUGUAUGAAGGCAGUGUAGCUCUACAUAAAUAACUUAACCUAACUCAGACCCCCCUUUGUAACGAAAUGAGUGAAGUGAAUAUUAACUUCAUAACACAAUUUCUGGACUUUUACAGUUAAAGUGAUUUGUUCAAAUAUGAAAUAAAUGCUGUUCGUAAACAGACACCCACAGCAACAGAUAAUCAAGAUCUUAAACUGAAUGCAAAUGAACAUUACAAAUAUUUUUAUAUACUUACAUGUUUUCUCAGUUAUAUGUAAAAUAUGUAUAGAGAUUAGAGGUAUAUUAUAAACGUAAUAUUAUGUACCACAAUUUGUUCAAUUCAAGCAAGCCAAUAUGUAUCUGACAUUAAGUAAAACCAGUCAAUCCUUGCAUUGAAAUAGUACCUACGCUGUUGAUUAGGUCUUGAAACAAACUGCAGUAAAUAGUGUCAUCAGUUUACUCUCUUAUUGUUGUAUGUAUGUUUUAUAAUAUUCAGAUUGUGUCUGCAAGUCUUCCUAAACUGAUUACAUAAUGAAAAAGUACCAAAGAAAAUUGACAAUUUAGUUUUAAAUAGUCAGCUACUGAAAUAGUUAUGUCCAGUAAAUAAAGUUGAUGAACUUCA